CAGACGAGCUGGGUGACUCUUAAUUGUGUAACGUUCAUUGACGAGUCAGCACAAUGCUGCUGAGACCGCGGAGGCGCACUGAGCCGAGCAGAGCGAUGAAAUGCUCCCAUCGAGGAGAACACAGAUGGACAGCCUAGUUCAGCCGCUCGUCGCCCAGUACCUCGCCAUGGGAUGCCAAUCAAAAGAAAACAACCAAAACGAAAGUAUAACGCCGGAAGAAAAGGGAAAGGACGAUGCGAGAGUGACUCCAGGAUGCGGCUCCAGGUCUAGGGUUUCUCCUCCAGGCCGCCCUCACAGGUUCCACAAACCCAGCCCGCAUCCAACCCAAACCGCCCCCAGUAAAUCCAUGAUGUCCCUGGGUCCCCUCACCAAAGGGGGGAGCUGGGAGGAGCUCAUUCAGGCCUGUCUGCAGUCCUUCGACUCGAAUGGUUGCGUGUGCGGGAGCAGCCACCUGUUGAACAUCACCCUGACCAUGCAUCGUCUCCACCUCUCCUCCAGCGAUCUGCUAGACAAACUCAUCUCUCUAUUUAAAACAGCGCUGGACAGUGAGCAACCAGCAGAGUGCCAGAGGAUAUGCUACCUCAUCAGGCAUUGGAUCCAGGAAUUCUGGAUGAUGUUCCGGUUGCACCACAGCUUGUCAGACAGCCUGGACACGUUCCGGGAUCUGAUCCGAGAGCAGGGACAGGAGCAUCUUUGCUCUCUCCUAGAGACCAAAUGGAUAAAUGAACGGGACUGGUCAUGGAAGGCCAGCCAGAAGAUCAAAGCUAACAGCAGUAAAAAGAGGAAGGUCUCUCUUCUUUUUGAUCACCUGGAGCCCAUUGAGCUGGCUGAGCAUCUCACCUUUCUGGAGUUCAAGUCCUUCUGCAGAAUAUCAUUUGUAGACUACCAGAAUUACAUUCGAAGCUGCUGCAUGAAGGACAUCCCCGUGAUGGAGCGUUCCAUCGCCCUGUGUAAUGGUAUCUCUCAAUGGGUUCAGCUGAUGGUGCUGAGCAGGCCGACCGCUCAGUUGAGAGCUGAGGUUUUCACCAAGUUUAUCCACGUGGCACAGAGUCUACAUCUUAUGCACAAUUACAACACACUAAUGGCGGUGGUGGGAGGGCUUUGUCACAGCUCGAUCUCCAGACUGAAGGACACCACCUCACAUGUACCCAAUGAGGUCACCAAGGUACUGAACGAGAUGACAGACCUGCUGUCCUCUUGCAGAAACUAUGACAACUAUAGACAAGCUUACAACAAGUGCACGGGUUUUAAAAUCCCCAUCCUGGGCGUCCACCUCAAAGAUUUGAUUUCGGUCAACGAGGCCAUGUCAGACUAUGUGGAGGACAACAAGGUGAAUGUCCAGAAGCUCCAGGCACUCUACAACCACAUUAACGAGCUGAUCCAGCUCCAACAAAUCCCUCCCAAGCUGGAUGCUAACAAGGACCUGGUCCAUCUGUUGACGCUGUCCUUGGACCUUUACUACACCGAGGAUGAGAUCUAUGAACUGUCUUACGCCAGGGAACCCAAGAACUGUAAAGCACCUCCAGCCACCCCCUCUAGACCUCCAGUGGUUGUGGACUGGGCAUCAGGAGUGGCUCCCAAACCCGACCCCAGAACCAUCAGCAAACACGUACAGAGAAUGGUGGACUCCGUGUUUAAGAACUAUGAUCACGACGAGAACGGCUUCAUUUCUCAAGAGGAAUUUGAGAAAAUUGCUGCUAGCUUUCCGUUUUCCUUCUGUGUCAUGGACAAAGAGAAGGAAGGCCUUAUCAGCAGAGAUGAGAUCACAGCCUAUUUCAUGCGGGCCAGUGUCAUCUGCUCCAAACUGGGUCUUGGUUUUGUCCACAACUUCCAGGAGACCACUUACAUGAAACCCACGUUCUGUGACAACUGCUCAGGAUUCCUGUGGGGUGUCAUCAAGCAAGGCUACAGAUGCAAAGACUGUGGGAUGAACUGCCACAAGCUGUGCAAGGACCAGGUGGCGUUUGAGUGCAAGAAGAACGCCAAAAUGACCAACGCCAUCGACAGCCCGACACCGAGCUCCACGCCAGUUACCAUGGGCCCCUCAGAGGGUUCAGAAGACUGUCCUUUCCCCUACCCGCCACAUGACAGCAAAGACUGGAGUCCAGAGUCCCCAGUCACCAACUAUUUGAGGCCUCGGACAGUCCAUAGUGGCACCCAGACAGAGGGAACCCAACUUUCCGCUGCAGCCCCUGAGGCCAGCCUCCCUCAGCCCUCUCUGCUGGUCCCAACAACACCCACCCUCACCUCCUGUCCCAGCCCAGUGCCCCAGAGAAAACAGCGACACUGUGCCAAGUGGGAAAACAGAGCGUCUUUUGCGCAAAAGCCUAAAGAGCCAGAAGAGGAGAGCAAACCCACCUAUGAAUCUCUGGAAUCAGAAAACCAGAGGCUCCAAAAGGCCAAUGACACACUACGUAGGAAGCUGAAGGAGGCAGAGCGUGAGGUGGAGAUACUAAAGACACUGCUCAAGAGGCACGCUCUCCACCCUGUGGAGGAGGACUCCUCCUCCUAGACACGCACAUACACUGGACCUCCUCUAGGGAGACUGGUGCUGCCCCCCUAUGGCAGCAUGUAUAAAACUGAAUCCAAUGUUUAAUUUAUUGGUCAUGAGCAUUUCACCAGAAUUACCAGACCCGGACAAUUUGGCAUCACAUGAUAGGAAGUGGACAGUGCACAAAGCUUGUCAAGGGAUUUUAAUGCUAAUGGUACACAGUCAAUCAAAAGAGGACAAUCAGCAUGUCACCAGUAAUUGAAGUUAAAGGACAGCUUUGGUAUUUUUCAACCAGGAUGCUAUUUUUACACAUUUUUGUGUCUAAGUGACUAAUGGAAACUGCUCCAGUAUUGAGACAGACUGCUGCAGCAGCUGAACAGGCUGAAAUGUAAUCCCUACAGGCAACGGCCCACUGUCAGUUUACAUUCACUAAAAGAGUUUGUUUUUGCUUCUGACAGGCUCAGAUUGUUAUUAGAAGUGUCUGGCAGUAUUAAGGAAAAGACCCUACUGUUCACCGGCGUGUUUCUUAUUGUGGGCCAGUCUUUUGUGGAGAAGUCUUGCCCUGAAACCCCACAGAGUACAGAAAGUGUAACUUAGUGUUAUCUAGAAGAUUUUCAGUGUCAUGGCUGAAUAUUUUGUUGACUUCGACUAUGUGGAAACGUCCGUGACAUUUCAGAACAGGGCUUCUCCUUGAGCAAGACCUGGUCACAAACAGAGCAAAAGAUAAGGGAAAACUUUUUUCUGUGGGGUCUUUUACAUAAUGAUGUCAGAGACGUCCAAUAACAAUCUGAGCCUGUCAGUGGUAAAAACAAGCACUGUUAUCGGACGUAGAUUGACAAUGCAUUAUUGUCGGCAGGCAUUACAUUGCAGCCUGUGUCGCUGUUGUGGCUGCAGCAGUGUGGACCAGUUUAGAAAACUGUAAUCUCCAUUAGUCCCCCAGGCACAACAAUACAGUAAAGCAGGGUCCAGGUUCAAUCAUAGCAAUCUUUCCCAUAAACUAUUUUGAGGUGUGCAUUUCUUUUAAACAAGCUACAGUACAUAGCACACACAAUACAGUAAAAACACUGUAGCGUUAUUUAUAAAGAAGUUUGAAGUGAACAGAGGGAGCCUUUAUACUGUUCAGUUGUUCAGUUCACAGAAGAAUGAAAAUCAUUACAAUGAGCAUUACUCACUUAUUUUAGUGAACCAUUAAGAGUGGCUGGAGUUAGAAUCAAGUUUCCUGUCAUAAAGAUAAAAACAUACUGAAUGAAGGAGGGCAGUAUUUAACAGUGUGAAUAGGGCAGAAUGUGUUUGAUCAAUUCUCGAUCAAUAAGAGACAAGAUAUUUAUGUUAAACAUAAAAUGGAAAUCAGAGGAAAUGAGGAGUUUAUUGUGUAAAUCACAGGUGCAUCACUAUUAUUGUUAUUAUUAUCAUUAUUAUCAUUAUUAUUAUUAUUAUUAUGAUUAUUAUUAUUAUUAAGGAUGAGAGCCCACUGAGAAUGAAAGCUGGAGGCCUCACGUGUACAGUGCUGUUGUCGCUCUGCAUCAUUGUCCCUGUUCAUAUCAAUGCACACGAUGUUGUCAGUGCUUCUGUUAAUAUUUAUUGUCUCAAACACUACACAGUUCAUAGAGAGCGUGACAGAAAUUGACAUUUUGUACAGCAUACUGGUACUUUCAGUGAAUUAUUUAUGCUCGUGCGUGUUGGCGUCAUAUUGAUACUUUCUAUUUUCAUUGUGCAGCCAUGUCACGUUACUGUUGUGUGGUCCGUUGAAGUGGUGUUGUACCGUGGAUCGAGAUACGUGUGUUUGUAACGUGUGUAAUGUACUGUAAAUACGAAGUAUACAGAGUGCCAUCUUGAUUAAGUCAUCCUUUCUCUCAGUAUUGUUCUCUUGUUGUUAUAAUAAAUACUGUAUUCUACAUAGAAA